AUGUCUGGAAACCUGACUAGCACCAACGGCAUUGGCAGCACGCCUAAUCAACGCCAUUACGUCUCCGCAGACCAGGCCACCGCCAUAGUCGCAGCAGCAGCAAAGGCCGCGGCCAAUAUAGUGCCUCAGAAUAUAGCUGUCACGGAUCCCUCGGGCCUUCUGGUCGCUUUCCUGCGCAUGGAUAACGCGUUCCCAGGCAGCAUUGAUAUAUCUAUCAAGAAAGCCAGGACGAGUGUACUCUUCAACGGCAUCCCUAGCGCUGCUUUGUAUAACCAAUCCCAGCCCGAUCAAGCAUUGUAUGGCAUCCAGGAGACCAAUGGAGGUUUGGUAAUCUUCGGUGGCGGGUUACCCUUGUUCAAAGACAACUACCUGAUUGGUGCCAUCGGCGUAAGCGGUGGCACCGUGGCACAGGAUAUAGAGGUGGCCCAAGCGGGUGUGGACUGGUUGACAAGCUCGUGA